AUGAACCUGACAGAGUUUAACCAGUCUGAUCGCUGUGUGCAUUUCUCCUGUCCAGAGAGAUCUGUAUCUCCUGCAGUUUAUAUCUUACUGUACGUGUGUUCAGCUGCUGUGGUUUUACUAACAAUGUGUGGAAAUCUGCUUGUCAUCAUCUCUGUUUUUCACUUCAAGCAGCUUCACACACCAUCUAAUAUUCUUGUGGUCUGUCUUUCUGUGUUAGAUUUCCUUAUUGGCAUUUUUGUAAUGCCACCAAUGUUAAUCUGGACAAUUGAGUCAUGCUGGAUUUUUGGUAGAGUUUUCUGCACCAUCUAUUGGUUGAUGACCAGUUUUCUCUCAAUAUCAACCUAUACUGUUGCUCAGAUUGCGGUGGAUCGGUAUUUGGCUCUUUCAAAUCCAUUUCUCUACAUAAACAUUGUCUCUGUAAGAUUCACUUGUUUUGUAAUUGGUGUUAAUUGGGCCGUAGUAGUAGUCUACGGCUUAGCAUUAUUUGUAUUCAAUGGAAAUUUCACAAGUUUCGUAAUGUGUCCUGGAGAGUGUUUUCUCUUUGAAAAUGAAGUUUGGACUGUAAUUGAUAUUAUAUAUUUGUUCAUAUUUCCACUUUUUGUCAUAAUUAUAUUGUAUACCCGGGUUUUUGUAGUUGCUAAGAAACAUGCCACUGCUAUCAGAGAGCUUAAUAAUCACCCACAGCCAAAAACACAGAAAAUCACCCCACACUCGAUGAAAUCUGAGAGAAAAGCAGCUAAAGUCCUCGGCAUUUUAGUGUCUGUGUUUCUGAUGUGCUUAAUUCCCUAUUUUAUUUGCUGUUUUUUAAGCAGUAUUGUUACAAUACAGGCAGAAACUAUUCGUAAGGUCAUUAUUAUUGUUUGUCUUAACUCGACUGUUAAUCCAUUUAUUUAUGCUCUGUUUUACCCAUGGUUUAGAAGGUGUGCUAAAUUAAUUAUUUCCCUGCGAAUAUUCCAUACAGAUUCUUCAUUAAUCAAAAUUCAAAAGAAGUAA